GAAUAUCAUAAUGCACGAAGGCAGCUGGGGUAUAUCUCAUACACGUGUGCCAACAGAAUCUCGGCCAGGUCACGUAGCCUUGAUAGCAGGAUUUUAUGAAGAUGUCAGCGCAGUUGCCAAAGGAUGGAAAGAAAAUCCUGUAGAAUUUGAUUCUCUUUUUAAUGAAAGCAAGUAUACAUGGAGCUGGGGAAGCCCAGAUAUCUUGCCUAUGUUUGCCAAAGGUGCUAGUGGAGACCAUGUUUAUACGUACAGUUAUGAUGCUAAAAGAGAGGAUUUUGGUACCCACGAUGCAACAAAACUGGAUACCUGGGUUUUUGAUAAUGUUAAGGACUUCUUUCAUGCUGCCAGAAAGAACCAGUCUUUAUUUUCUAAAGUAAAUGAAGAAAAAAUAGUUUUUUUCUUACAUUUAUUAGGAAUAGAUACAAAUGGACACGCUCAUCGACCGUCAUCGAGGGAAUAUAAAGACAAUAUUAAAAAAGUUGAUGAUGGAGUGAAAGAAAUUGUGUCUGUAUUUAAACAGUUUUAUGGAAAUGAUGGGAAAACAGCGUUUAUCUUUACCUCUGACCAUGGAAUGACAGAUUGGGGUUCCCAUGGCGCUGGUCAUCCUUCAGAGACUUUGACUCCUCUAGUCACUUGGGGAGCUGGAAUCAAGUAUCCCGAAAUAGUAUCAGCUCAGCAAUUUGAUGAUAACUUUUUGAAAGAGUGGAGAUUGGAGAACUGGAAGAGGCGUGAUGUCAAUCAGGACCCUGCCUUCCAGGUGACGUACAAGCUGACAUUCUCUAUUGUGUACAAACCGAGGUCUGCUCCUCACCUUCAGGCUGAUAUUGCACCAUUGAUGGCUUCUCUUAUAGGAGUUCCCUUUCCUCUUAAUUCAGUGGGAAGGCUUCCUGUGGAUUAUCUUAAUGGCACUGACCACUUCAAAGCAGAGAGUGUGUUUACCAAUGCAGUACAGAUUCUGGAACAGUUCAAGGUGAAAAUGGCUCAGAAAAAAGAAGUUACUUUGCCAUUUUUGUUUACGCCAUUUAAGUUUCUCUCUGAUUCUGAACAGCUGAACAUUUUAAGAAAAGCAAGAUCUUAUAUAAAACAGGGAAAAUUUGAUGAAGUAGUUUCCCUUUGCGAGGAGCUAAUUGAUCUUGCAUUGAAAGGACUGUCCUAUUAUCACACUUAUGACAGGUUCUUUCUGGGCAUCAACGUUGUUAUUGGUUUUGUGGGAUGGACAUCUUACGUUUCUUUGUUAAUCAUCAAGUCUCAUUCAAACCUUACAAGAGAUGUUACCAAGGAAGUUAAGAAACCAAGCUGUCUGCUGCUGUGUAGUUUUGGAGCUAUUGGCAUUUUAGUAGCAGUUUUUCUGCUGAUUCAAGCCUGUCCCUGGACUUAUUAUGUAUAUUGUUUGCUGCCGGUGCCAAUAUGGUAUGCAGUUCUAAGACAAUUUCAAGUUAUUCAAGACGUUGUUGCAUCACUGUUAACUUUUCCUCUGAGCCGUUUUGUUGGGUUCUUGCUGGUCUUUACCUUGGGAAUUGAAGUAUUAGUUCUCAGUUUCUUCUACCGCUGUAUGCUUACAGCUGGACUUAUUGCCUUUGCUGGGUGGCCAUUUCUUACUCAGCUAUGGACUCAAGCAAAGAUUACCUCCCUGAGUUGGACCUUCUUCUCUUUGCUUCUGGCCAUGUUUCCACUGAUGCCUGUUGUAGGUCGAGAGCCAGACAUCUCUCUAGUAAUGGGUGCAGGAUUACUGGUUCUUCUGCUAUCGCUGUUUGUUGUAACAUCCCUCAUAAAAAGAAAAAAUAGUUUGGUAAAGGAAGAGCUGUUGGUGCAUCUGUUACAGAUGCUAAGCACAGUGCUUUCCAUGUAUGUUGUGCACAGCACCCACAGUAGUCUGUUCAAGAAACAAGGACUUCCUCUUAUGAAUCAGAUUGUGAGCUGGGCAACAUUAG